AUGCAAUUCGACAAGGAGAAUAAGCCGGCCGAGUCGCCGUCGCGCUCCCUCGAGCAUGCGACGGAUCUCGAGCGCCCUGGCUACGAUGAGGAGCACGUCGAAUGUCCAUCCCACACCACAGAAAGCAAGCUCGUGAGGAAGAUUGACAUGAGAGUCAUUCCCUUUCUCUGCGUCAUGUACCUGCUAGCCUUCCUCGACCGAGUCAACAUCGCCAACGCCAACGUCUUUGGCCUGUCAACAGAACUGGGCCUGGACGGCACGCUCUACAACAACGCGCUAGUCGUCUUCUUCGUCCCUUACAUCCUCCUCGAGAUCCCUUCCAACAUCCUUCUGAAGAAGUUCAAGCCUCAUGUCUGGCUCAGCAUCAACAUGUUCGGCUUCGGCAUGGUCACCUUGAUCCAGGGAUUCGUCCAGAACUACGCCGGCCUCUGCACAACGCGCUUCUUCCUCGGCGUGUUUGAGACCGGAAUGUUUCCCGGAGCAUUUUACCUCAUCGGCAUGUGGUACCGUCGACACGAAGCCCAGCGUCGAUACUCCUUCUUUUUCAACAGCACAACCCUGGCCGGCGCCUUCGGCGGUCUUCUCGCGGCCGCCAUCGGCAAGAUGAGCGGCGUGCAAGGUUACGCGGGCUGGCGCUGGAUCUUCAUCCUCGAAGGUCUCCUGACUGCCGUCGUCAGCAUCUUCUUCUAUUUCUGGCUUCCCGACUUUCCCGAGGACGUGAACUGGCUCACCGACGAGGAGAAGAAGUUCGUCUCGGCCCGCCUCCGAAUCGACCAGGGCCGCUCGGCCGUGGAGCGCAGCAUCACCCUGCGCGACGUCGGCAACACCCUCAAGGAUUACAAGAUCAUUCUCGGGGGUUUCAUGUACUUCGGCCUCAUCGUCCCGGCGUACGGAUAUGCCUACUUCGCCCCGGGCAUCAUCCAGACCUUUGGGUACGACAGCAUCCAAACGCAGCUCCACAGCGUCCCGCCAUGGGCUGUGGCCUUCGUUUUCUCCAUGAUCGUCGCCGUUAUCUCGGAUAAGCUGCGCCACCGCUUCCUGUUCGCCAUCUUCGCGAUUUGCGUGGCCAUCGCCGGCUUCGCGAUCCUCAUUUCUGUCCACAACAACACGAAACUUCAAUAUGCGGCUCUGUUCCUCGUGGCUAUGGGGGCCUAUACUGCUAUGCCAGUUAUAGUUUGUUGGUUCAACUGUAAUAUCGGCGGGCAUCACCGUCGUUCGGUCGGUAGCGCGUGGCAAGUCGGUUUCGGGAAUAUUGGAGGAAUUAUCGCGGUUUUCGCUUUCCUGAAGAAGGAUGCGCCAAAGUAUAUCCCCGGAUAUAGCAUCAGCAUUGCAUUUGUCAUCCUCAGCGGCAUUUCUUGCUUGAUAUAUGCUAUUGCUUGCUGGUCGGCGAAUAAGAGCAGAGCCCGGAAGGCCGGAGAGUCUACUUUGACGGAAGAUGAGAAGACGGAGUUGGGAGAUUUGUCACCUGACUACAGAUAUCUUUUGUAA